CUGUCCCAGAGUCCACAGUUCUCGUGGUAGGGACAGUGGUACAACUUGGGCUUUAUCUCCCCCUCUGUGGGGACUCUACAGCCCCUGGGCUACUUCCCAGCCAGACAGUCCCCGCCAGCCUCAGCAUUGCUGGGAGCAUGGCCUAGGGGUGGUGAACCACUGUGCAGUGGCUGGGCUUCCCAAGGCUGCGGAGACAUGAAGCCUCCAUCUGCAAAGAUGGCUCCUGCCAGGCUUGCCAGGGUGCUGCUUGCUCUGGUCCUCACCUUGCCAGGGAGCUUCUGCUCAGAAGGGACUCGUGACAGGCCUUUGAGGGGCCGGUGCAGCCUCUUUGGAAGAGACUUCAUCAACACCUUUGACGGGAGCAUGUACAGCUUCGCAGGAGACUGCAGUUUCCUCCUGGCCGGCGACUGCCAGACACACUCCUUCUCCAUUCUGGGGAUCUUCCAACAUGGUGAGAGAGUUGGCCUCUCCGUGUACCUUGGGGAAUUCUUCGACAUCCAUUUGUUUGUCAAUGGCACAGCGGUGCAGGGGGACCAGGGAAUCUCCAUGCCCUAUGCCUCCAGAGGGCUGUAUCUGGAAACCGAGGCUGGGUUCUACAAGCUGUCCAGUGAGGCCUAUGGCUUUGUGGCUAGGAUUGACAACAGUGGGAACUUUCAAGUCCUGCUGUCAGACAGAUACUUCAACAAGACCUGUGGGCUGUGUGGCGAUUUCAACAUUUUUUCUGAAGAUGACUUUAGGACCCAAGAAGGGACCUUGACCUCAGACCCGUAUGACUUUGCCAAUUCCUGGGCCCUGAGCAGUGGGAAACAGCGGUGCCAACGGGCGUCCCCUCCCAGCAGCCCCUGCAACAGCUCCUCCUGGGAAAUGCAGGAGGCCCAGAGGGAGCAGUGCCAGCUGCUGAAGAGUGCCUCGGUGUUUGCCCGCUGCCACCCGCUGGUGGACCCCGAGCCCUUCGUGGCCCUGUGCGAGAGGAGUCUGUGCCCCUGUGCCCUGGGGCCGGCGUGCGCCUGCCCUGCCCUGCUGGAGUACGCCCGGGCCUGUGCACAGGAGGGGACUGUGCUGGAUGGCUGGACGGACCACAGCGCCUGCCGCCCAGCCUGCCCUGCCGGCAUGGAGUAUAAGGAGUGUGUGUCCCCUUGCGCCAGGACCUGCCAGAGUCUGCACGUCAACGAAGUGUGUCAGGAGCAGUGUGUGGAUGGGUGCAGCUGCCCGGAGGCACAGCUCCUGGACGAAGGCCAUUGCGUGGACAGCGCUGGGUGCCCCUGUGUGCACGCCGGGAAGCGGUACCCGCCGGGGGCCUCCCUCUCUCAGGACUGCAACACCUGCAUCUGCCGGAACAGCCUGUGGAUCUGCAGCAAUGAAGGAUGCCCAGGGGAGUGUCUCGUCACUGGCCAGUCCCACUUCAAGAGCUUCGAUGGCAGGCACUUCACCUUCAGUGGGAUCUGCCAGUACCUGCUGGCCCGGGACUGCCAGGACCACACCUUCUCCGUUGUCAUAGAGACGGUGCAGUGUGCUGAGGACCCGGACGCCGUCUGCACCCGCUCCGUCACCGCGCGCCUGGGCGCCCCGGCCCGCAGCCUCGUGAAGCUGAAGCACGGAGGCGGAGUCGCCGUGGAAGGCCAGGACGUCCAGCUCCCGCUCCGGCAAGGUGACCUUCGCAUCCAGCACUCGGUGACGGGCUCCGUGCGCCUCAGCUACGGCGAGGACCUGCAGAUGGACUGGGAUGGCCGCGGGAGGCUGCUGCUGAAGCUGUCGCCUGCCUACGCCGGGAGGACCUGUGGCUUGUGUGGGAAUUACAACGGCAACAAGGGCGACGACUUCCUCACCCCCUCGGGGCUGGCGGAGCUGCUGGUGGCAGACUUCGGGAACGCCUGGAAGCUGCACUGGGACUGCAGGGACCUGCAGAGGCAGCCCAGUGACCCCUGCUCCCUCAACCCGCGGCUGGCCGGGUUCGCAGAGGAGGCCUGUGCACUGCUGACGUCUUCCAAGUUUGAGGCCUGCCACGGAGCCGUGAGCCCUCUGCCCUACCUGCAGAACUGCCGCUAUGACGUCUGCUCCUGCUCCGACGGCCAGGACUGCCUGUGCAGCGCCGUGGCCAGCUACGCUGCAGCCUGCGCCGGGCGGGGCGUGCACAUCGGGUGGCGGGAGCCCGGCUUCUGUGCCCUGAGCUGCCCGCAGGGCCAGGUGUACCUGCAGUGUGGGGCCCCCUGCAACCUGACCUGCCGCUCCCUCUCCUACCCGGAGGAGGAGUGCACCAAGGUCUGCAUGGAGGGCUGCUUCUGCCCCCCGGGGCUCUUCCAGGACGAGAGGGGGGACUGCGUGCCCAAGGCCCAGUGCCCCUGCUACCACGAUGGUGAGAUCUUCCAGCCCGCAGACAUCUUCUCGGACCAUCACACCACAUGCUACUGCGAGGACGGCUUCAUGCACUGCACGGAGAGCGGAGGCCCCAGGACUCAGCCGGGCUGGGCCCUGAGCAGCCCCCUCCGUCACCAUCACCGCGGCAAGAGGAGCCUGUUCUGUCGGCCGCCCAUGGUCAAGUUCGUGUGUCCCGCUGACAACCCAAGGGCCGAAGGCAUGGAGUGUGCCAAGACCUGCCAGAACUACGAUCUGGAGUGCAUGGGCACUGGCUGUGUCUCCGGCUGCCUCUGCCCCCCAGGCAUGGUCCGGCAUGAAAACAGAUGUGUGGCCCUGGAAAGGUGUCCCUGCUUCCACCAGGGCCGGGAGUUUGCCCCGGGAGAAACAGUGAAGAUUGGCUGCAACACCUGUGUCUGCGAGGGCCGGAAGUGGAACUGCACCGACCGUGUGUGUGACGCCACGUGCUCCACUCUUGGCAUGGCCCACUACCUCACCUUUGAUGGGCUCAAGUACAUGUUCCCUGGGGAGUGCCAGUACAUUCUGGUGCAGGACCACUGCAGCGGGAACCCCGGGACCUUCCGGAUCCUGGUGGGGAACGAGGGGUGCGGCUACCCCUCCGCGGAAUGCAGGAAGCGCGUCACCAUCCUGGCGGAAGGAGGCGAGGUCGAGCUGUUUGACGGGGAGGUGAAUGUGAAGAAGCCCAUGAAGGAUGAGACACACUUUGAGGUGGUGGAGUCGGGCCGGUUCGUCAUCCUGCUGCUGGGCAGAGCCCUCUCUGUGGUCUGGGACCGACGCCUGGGCGUCUCCGUGGUGCUGAAGCGGACGCUCCAGGAGCAAGUAUGCGGCCUCUGUGGCAAUUUUGAUGGCAUCCAGAACAAUGACCUCACCAGCAGCAGCCUCCGAGUGGAGGAGAACGCUGUGGACUUUGGGAACUCUUGGAAAGUGAGCCCACAGUGUGCCGACACAAGCAGGGUGGUGCUGGACGUGUCCCCUGCCACCUGCCACGACAACGUCAUGAAGCAGACAAUGGUGGAUUCCUCCUGCAGAGUCCUCACCAGCGACAUUUUCCAGGACUGCAACAAGCUGGUGGACCCCGAGCCUUACCUGGACGUGUGCAUUUACGACACCUGCUCCUGCGAGUCCAUCGGGGACUGCACCUGCUUCUGCGACACCAUCGCUGCCUACGCUCACGCGUGUGCCCAGCAGGGCCAGGUGGUGAGCUGGAGGACAGCCGCGCUGUGCCCCCAGAGCUGCGAGGAGAGGCAUCUCCGGGACAGUGGGUACGAGUGUGAGUGGCGCUAUAGCAGCUGCGUGCCCGCCUGUCCUGUCACGUGCCAGCACCCCGAGCCCCUGGCCUGUCCUGUGCGGUGUGUGGAGGGCUGCCAGGUGCAGUGCCCGCCAGGGAAAAUCCUGGAUGAGCUUCUACAGACCUGUGUCCACCCCCAUGACUGCCCCGUGUGUGAGGUGGCUGGCCGGCGCCUGGCCCCGGGAAGGAAGAUCACCUUGAACCCUGAGGACCCUGCACGCUGCCAGGCUUGUCACUGUGAUGGUGCCAACCUUACCUGCGAAGCCUGCCAGGAGCCUGGAGGCCUGGUGGUGCCCCCUACGGAGGCCUCAGUGAGCACUACCACCCCAUACGUGGAAGAUACUCCAGAGCCGCCCCUGCAUGACUUCUACUGCAGCAAGCUGCUGGAUCUGGUCUUUCUGCUGGACGGCUCCUCCAGGCUGUCGGAGGCCGAGUUUGAGACGCUGAAGGCCUUUGUGGUGAGCACGAUGGAGCGGCUGCACAUCUCCCAGAAGCGGAUCCGCGUGGCCGUGGUGGAGUACCACGAUGGCUCCCAUGCUUACCUUGAGCUCAGGGCGAGGAAGCGGCCCUCGGAGCUGCGGCGAAUUGCCAGCCAGGUGAAGUACGCAGGCAGCCAGGUGGCCUCCACCAGUGAGGUCUUGAAGUACACGCUCUUCCAGAUCUUUGGCAAAAUCGAUCGCCCGGAAGCCUCCCGCAUUGUGUUGCUCCUGACUGCCAGCUCAGAGCCCAGACAAAUGGCCCGGAAUUUGGUCCGCUAUGUCCAGGGCCUGAAGAAGAAAAAGGUCAUCGUGAUUCCCGUGGGCAUUGGGCCGCAUGCCAGCCUCCAGCAGAUCCGCCUCAUUGAGAAGCAGGCCCCCGAGAACAAGGCCUUUGUGCUCAGCAGUGUGGACGAGCUGGAGCAGUGGAGGGAUGAGAUUAUCAACUACCUCUGUGACCACGCGCCUGAGGCCCCUGGCCCGACUCAGCGCACCCAGGUAGCGCAGGUCACUGUGGGUCCAGGGCUCUUGGAGGUUUUGUCCCCAGGACCCAAGAGAAAGCCCAUGGUUCUGGAUGUGGUAUUUGUCCUGGAGGGCUCAGACAAAAUUGGAGAGGCCAACUUCAACCAGAGCAAGGAGUUCAUGGCGGAGGUGAUCCAGCGCAUGGAUGUGGGCCAGGACAGCAUCCACAUCACGGUCCUGCAGUACUCGUACACGGUGACCGUGGAGUACACCUUCCGCAAAGCCCAGUCCAAGGGCAACGUGCUGCAGCAUGUGCAAGAGAUCCAGUUCCGGGGUGGCAACAAGACCAACACUGGGCUGGCCCUGCAGUACGUGUCUGAGCACAGCUUCUCUGCCAGCCAAGGCGACCGGGAGCAGGCACCCAACCUGGUUUACAUGGUCACAGGAAACCCUGCCUCCGAUGAGAUCAAGCGGUUGCCCGGGGACAUCCAGGUGGUGCCCAUCGGAGUGGGCCCCGGUGCCAAUGUGCAGGAGCUGCAAGAGAUCAGUUGGCCCAGCACCCCCAUCUUUAUCCAGGACUUUGAGACGCUGCCCCGAGAGGCUCCUGACCUGGUGCUGCAGAGGUGCUGCUCUGGAGACACAGUGCCACUCCCCACCCUCCACCCUGCUCUAGACUGCAGCCAACCCUUGGAUGUGGUCCUCCUCCUGGAUGGCUCCUCUGGCAUUCCAGCCUCUUACUUUGAGGAAAUGAAGAGUUUUGCCAAGGCUUUCAUUUCAAAGGCCAGCAUCGGACCUCAUCUCAUGCAGGUGUCCGUGCUCCAGUAUGGGAGCAUCACCACCAUCGAUGUGCCGUGGAACGUGGCCCAGCAAAAGGAGCAUUUACUGGAUCUCGUGGAGCUCAUGCGGCAGGAGGGAGGCCCCAGCCGGAUGGGGGAGGCUUUGGCCUUUGCUGUGCGAUAUGUCACCUCCCAAGUCCAUGGGGCCAGGCCUGUGGCCUCUAAGGCGGUGCUCAUCCUGGUCAUGGAUGUCUCUGUGGACUCAGUGGAUGUGGCAGCUCAGGCCGCCAGAUCCAACCGAGUGACAGUGUUCCCCAUUGGAAUUGGGGACCAGUAUGACCAGAGGCAGCUGAGGAUCUUGGCGGGCCCAGACGCCAGCUCCAGUGUGGUGCAGCUCCCUCGAGUGGAAGACCUCCCCACCAUGGUCAGCGUGGGCAAUUCCUUCUUCCACAAACUGUGCUCUGGGUUUGCUAGAGUUUGCGUGGAUGAGGACGGGAAUGAGAAGAGGCCUGGGGACGCCUGGACUUUGCCAGAUCAGUGCCACACAGUGACCUGCCUGCCGGAUGGCCAGACCAUGCUGCAGAGUCACCGGGUCAACUGUGAGCAGGUGCCCAGGCCUUUGUGCCCCAACAGCCAGGCCCCUAUUCGGGUGGAAGAGACUUGCGGCUGCCGCUGGACCUGUCCCUGUGUGUGCACGGGCAGCUCCACUCGGCAUAUCGUGACCUUUGAUGGGCAGAAUUUCAGGCUGACUGGCAGCUGUUCCUAUGCCUUGUUUCAAAACAAAGAGCAAGACCUGGAGGUGAUUCUGCACAAUGGUGCUUGCAGCCCUGGGUCAACACCAGUCUGUAUGAAGUCCAUUGAAGUGAAGCACGGGGGCCUCUCGGUUGAGCUGCACAGCGACAUGGAGGUGGCAGUGAAUGGGAGACUUGUCCCUGUCCCAUACAUGGGUGGGAACAUGGAAGUCAGCGUCUAUGGCGCCAUCAUGUAUGAGGUCAGGUUCAACCAUCUUGGCCACAUCUUCACAUUCACACCACAAAACAAUGAGUUCCAACUCCAGCUCAGCCCCAAGACCUUUGCUUCAAAGAUGUAUGGACUCUGUGGGAUCUGUGAUGAGAAUGGGGCCAAUGACUUCAUGCUGAGGAAUGGCUCAGUCACCACAGACUGGAAAACACUCAUCCAGGAAUGGACCAUGCAGCGGCCAGGGCAGCCCUGCCAGCCAGUGCCUGAGGACCUGUGUCCUGUUUCUGGCAACUCCCACUGCCAGGUGCUCCUCUCGGCAGUGUUUUCUGAGUGCCACAAGGUUCUUUCCCCGGCCACAUUUUAUGCCAUCUGCCAGCAGGAUGGUUGUCAGCAGGAGCGAGUGUGUGAGGUGAUUGCCUCCUACACCCACCUCUGUCGGACCAAUGGCGUUUGUGUUGACUGGAGGACAGCUGAGUUCUGUGCAAUGUCCUGCCCGCUGUCCCUGGUGUACAACCACUGUGAGCGCGGCUGUCCCCGGCAGUGUGAUGGCAACACCACCUCUUGCGGGGAGCGUCCCUCUGAAGGCUGCUUCUGCCCCCCACACCAUGCCCUGUUGGAAGGCAGCUGUGUUCCUGAGGAGGCCUGCACGGAGUGUGUUGGGGAGGACAAAGCCCGGCACCAACUCCUGGAGUCCUGGGUCCCAGAGCAUCAGCCCUGUCAGAUCUGCACCUGCCUCAGUGGCCGGAAGAUCAACUGCACGUCCCAGCCCUGCCCCACAGCCCGAGCCCCCACGUGCGGCCCGUGUGAAGUGGCCCGCCUCCGCCAGAGUGGAAGCCAGUGCUGCCUGGAGUAUGAGUGUGUGUGUGACCUGGUGAGCUGCCACCUUCCCCCAGUGCCUCCCUGUGAAGGAGGGCUCCAGCCAACCCUGACCAACCCCGGCGAGUGCAGACCCAUUUUCACCUGUGCCUGCAGGAAGGAGGAGUGUAGGAGCCCGCCCCCGCCCGUCUGCCCCCCACACCGGACGCCAGCCCUUCGCCAGACCCAGUGCUGUGAGGAGUACGAGUGCGCCUGCAGCUGUGCCAACACCACAGUGAGCUGCCCGCCUGGGUACCUGGCCUCCACGCUCACCAACGACUGUGGCUGCAGCACGACCACCUGCCUCCCCGACAAGGUGUGUGUCCACCACAGCACCGUGUACCCUGUGGGCCAGUUCUGGGAGGAAGGCUGUGAUGUGUGCACCUGCACGGACAUGGAGGAUGCCGUGAUGGGGCUGCGAGUGGCCCAGUGCUCUCAGAAGCCCUGCGAAGACAGCUGUCGGCUGGGCUUUACCUAUGUCCUCCAUGAAGGCGAGUGCUGCGGAAGGUGCCUGCCGUCCGCCUGCGAGCUGCAGCUCGGGUCGCCAAGGGGCGAUGUAGGCGACGUAGGGUCUCUCUGGAAGAGUGUCGGCUCCCGCUGGGCCUCCCCAGAGGACCCCUGCCUCAUCAACGAGUGCGUCCAAGUGAAGGAUGAGGUCUUUGUGCAGCAGAGGAAUGUCUCCUGCCCCCAGCUGGACGUGCCCACCUGCCCCGUGGGCUUCCAGCUGAGCUGCAGGACCUCGGAGUGCUGUCCCAGCUGCCACUGCGAGCCCGUGGAGGCCUGUUUGGUCAACGGCACUGUCAUCGGGCCCGGGAAGAGCGUGCUGGUGGACGAAUGCACCACCUGCCACUGCACUGUGCAGGGCGGCGCUGUCUCUGGAUUCAAACUGGAGUGCAGGAAGACCACCUGCCAGGCCUGCCCACAGGGUUACAGAGAAGAGAAGAGCCAGGGUGAGUGCUGCGGGCGAUGUCUGCCCACCACGUGCACCAUUCAGCUGAGAGGAGGACGGGUCGUGACACUGAAGCGUGACGAGAUGCUCCAGGACGGCUGCGACAGUCACUUCUGUAAGGUCAAUGAGCUGGGAGAGUACAUCUGGGAGAAGAGGGUCACUGGCUGCCCGCCCUUUGAUCAGCACCGGUGUCUGGCUGAGGGGGGGAAAAUCAUGAAAAUUCCAGGCACCUGCUGUGACACAUGUGAGGGGCCCGACUGCAAAGACAUCACUGCCAGGCUGCAGCAUGUCAAAGUGGGAGACUGUAGGUCCCAGGAGGAGGUCGACAUUCACUACUGUGAGGUAUUUUAUACAAGUGGAAGCCUAUGCUGUGUGACAUUUUACGUGUGGGCUCUUUCACCUUGGAUGAAGCCUGUAAGGCUCAGGUAUGCUAUGACAUCUAUCGCUGCUUCAUUCCUUCUCAUGGCCGAACAAUAUUCCCUUGGAAGGGUCUACUGCCUUGCGCUUUGUGUAGCCAUUUAUCAGUCGAUGGACAUUUGGAUUUGCACUUGUUGGCUGUGAUGAAUAACGCCUCUGUGAACUUUCACAUGGCUUUUGUGUGAAUGUUUUUAUUUCUCUCUGGUAUAUACCUAGGAGAAGAAUUGCUCUGUUGCAUGGUAACUGUUUAACUUCAAAUGUCAGAGUAUUUUACAAAGUGACCGUACCAUUUUACAUUCAUGCUAGCAAUUUAUGAGAAUUCUAGCUCUUCUACAAACUCAGUAGUACUUGUUACUAUUCAUCUUUUGGAUUAUGAUCAUCCUCAUAAGUGUGAAGUAGCAUGUCACGUGGCUUUGCAUGAACCCAGGACCAAGAGAAACCUGUACUGGAGAAAAAGGAGAAGCUAUUGUGCCUAGAAACCCAUGAGCCAGGCACGGAGCCCUGGCUGUAGAUGUGGUGAGAUCCACAACCAAAGGCAGGCCCUUCCACCAGCAAAACUUCCAUUUGGUUCCCAACUUCUAAAAUGUACCUUAGGGCCUUGAUCAUAGUACAGCUUAAGGAAUCAGAGGAAGUGGGGUCUAUAUAAUGCAAGUAAAUUCCAAUGCUAAGUGUUAUAAAAUGUAUGUGACUUGUGUGUAAGUGAUUUGAUAGAGUUUAUAAAUGAACUGAAGCAUGUCCACCUGUCAUAACAGACAGGAAAGCAAACGUCUUCCUCUAAACUGACAGCAUAGAUACGUGAUAGUUCAGGAGAAGCCACAGGAAGCUGCUAACUCUGCUGGCCACCGGUGGUCCCAUGAGCUCACCAUUUGUAUUAGUCACUUUCUGUCCCUGUAACAAAAUACCAACAACAGCCAAUUUAUAAUGAGAAAAGUUUUAUUUUGGCUCCCAAUUUUGGAGGUCCCAGCCCAUGAUUAGAAGACCUCGUUGCUUUGGGACUGAGGCAGCACAUGGGGGAGCAAAAUAGCCCCCCAUUAUGGCCAGGAGUCAGAAGAGAGGAAGGGGAAGGGGCUGGAUUUUGUAAUGUCCUUUAAGGGUGUGGCCCAGUGACCUAAAGACAUUUUACGAAGCCACACUUCUGGAGGUUCUGCCACUUCCUAAUAACACACAAGCGAGGCACCAAGCCUUGAGCACAUAGCUUUUGGCAGGGAGUUGUUCAGGAUCUAAACAGUAGCAUCAUUCGUUCAUUCAAGAACCUUUUAGCAAGCAUUUACCACAUACCCUACCUGUUCUGAAUGAAGAAACUUGAAACCUCAGUGCUUACUUGGGCAGAGAAAUGUGUUUAUCUGUGAUGUUAAGACAGUAUAAUAAAUGUGAAUACAUCACACCAAACUUACUGUUUUCCACAGAAGCUACUAGCUGUUUAUCAAAAUCCAUGUUUUCUUUAUCUUCCUGAGCAUGCAUGUCUACUGUAUUCCUAGCCUCUCUUGCAGUUAGUCAUGGUCAUGAGACUGCGUUCCAGCCAGUGGUAGAAGUACAGUGUUAUUUGCUGCUUCGCGGUCUGGCUCCUUGAAGCCUCCUGUGCCUGAUUCUCCAGUUUCCCUCCUUCAGAUAAGUGGAAUGAAACUGUCAAGCUGCCUUGGAAGUCAUGGUUGGAGUCGGCAGAGCUUCUGUGAUGCAGGGUUCUCGAAAAGCUAGUGGAAAAGAAUCCCCCAGCAACGUCCUUUACCAACCCAGGGUGAUUACAGAAGAGAACACUGCAGUGUUUUAUUUUUCAGUCUGUUUGUUAUAUCAGCUAGUUCUACAUUACUCUAGCUUAUAAAGUAUCCUUUACUACCAGUGUGGAUAAUGAUGAAUAACCCUAAGUGCAAGUGCAGUAAUUUAGUCCCCUGGGGUAACAUCCGUGUCCAAUGACCAUACUUCAAAGUCUUGCUGAACAGAGCCUUCCUCAGGUUUUUCUCAGCUUGAAAAAUGUAACAACCCCUUUACACUUUUGCACACUGCAGCUGGGAAGAGAUGCUCAAAGACAGGAACUGGACAUCACUUAUCUUUGAGCCUUACUACUUACUGAUGUAUCAUCAGGACUCAGUGAUGGGUAGAUGAAAGACUGAAAGGGUGAAAAGAUCAGCGGGAGAGAUUUCUGUGCAUUGUGGUACAGAAUUCUGCACUUGAUCUUAGCCAAAAGGCUGGGAAGCAGUUGCGGUGCAGAAUUCUGGAACUGUGAGUAUGUGGAGUCCUCAUAUUCUUGAGCAAACACAACAUUGCUUUUCCAGAAAAAUGUUGGCCUUGUGCAGAUUCUCCGUAGUCUACCUCUCCCUUAGGACUAGAAUUAACACUGGGAUCUUAGCUUCUUUUUUACAAAUAAAUAAUAAGAUAGUUUAAUUCUUUUCUGAAGUAGGAGGAUCUAUUUCAAAUUAAUAGUCCUGUCCUUUCUGGCCUUUGCCAAUAACCUACAUCAUUGACACUCUUUGCUCACAAAAGACCUUGUGAUUAAAAACCUGGCUGGAAAAGAUUAUUUCUAGUAAUGAUGGAAUGCCUGGUACUGGGGUAGCACUCUGUCAUAAGUUAUAGAGCUGGAUAAAGCACAUGAGCCUGUCAUUUUUAGGCAUGGAAGAACUACCAGCACAGAUGUUUAAUCCUGAGCAAACAGAGAUGCACAAAUUUAGCCCUGUGAGGAUCAGUCAUUGACUGAGGCUCAGCAAUUUGGGGUCCAGGUAGAGCAAGGAGACCCCACUGAACUGAGAAUGCAGAGAACUAGAUUUGAGGAGGCUGAAAUGGCCAGAAACGAAGGGCUGGGCACAAGACAGGAAGUCUCCAAUGAAGGCACCCAGAGGGGUCUGCAGAGAUCCUUCACUCUGGCAAGAGUGAGGCUUCAUAUGCAUAAAAUGAGUUAUAUGGGGUUUUCCAGAGAGAGCUGUUAUAGGACUGAGGGCAGAAAAGAGAUGCUAGAGGUCACGUGAUUCUGGGAGAUGCUGAGGGCCCAUCCCAGCCAGAGCAGCAAGACCUUGUUAUCACGCCCUAACCCUCCAGGCACUCAGCUGAGACUCUAAUGGCAUUAUUUUAGGAAUUAGAACCAUGCAGUAAGUAAAAACUUAUUCUACACUAACCUGAAAAAACAAUGAGGCUGAGCCCUAAAAGAUCAAUAAGAAGAGAGUUGAGAUUGCACCCUAGCAAAUUAUAGAGUCUUGGGAAAUACCUUGGAUUUGUCAGAAAAUUCCCAGUAAGCUCAAAGCAAUCAGCCAGUAACUGAACUUCCCGCUAGAAAUUUAAAAAUUAGCCCUCUUGAUAAGAAAACAAUAUUAUAUCUCUCACAAUGUCUAGCCUGUCAUAACAUGUAAUAUACAUGCAAACAAAUAGGAAUAAAUGAGCACAAAAAAAGUAACAAACAGCAGAAUGAGAAGACAACCAACAGAGAAGGAGAAAAUAUUUAUGAACUAAAUACACCAGAUAAGGCAUUAAUCUCCAAAAUAUAUGAAGAACUCAUAACUCAAUAGCAAACAAAAAAAAAUCCAAAAAAGUUAAAACCUUUUCAAAUUAAUCAAAAGUGGGCAAAUAGGGGACAGGGAUUUAGCUCAGUGGCACCAUGCCUGGCUCGCAAGUACAAGGUCCUGAGUUCGAUCCCCAGUACCGGAAAAAAGAACCCCCCCAAAAACCAAAAACAAAAAUAGGUAAAUGACUUGAACAAACAUUUUUCCAAAGAAGAGAUAAAAAUGGCCAACAGGUGUGUGAAAAGAUGCUCAACAUAGCUAAUAAUCAGGAAAAUGCAAAUCAAAACCACAAUGAAGUAUCACUUCACACCUCUUAGGAUGGGUGUUAUAAAAAUACAAGUGCUGGUGAGGGCAUGGUGGGUAAACUGUUGGUUGUUGGUAGAAGUGUAGCCUGUGUAGCCAUUGGGCACCAAGUGCAGUAUGGAGAGUGCAGCAGAAAUUGAAAAUAGAACUGAGCCAGCAAUGCUUCUUCUGGAAAUAUACUCAAGGAAAUAAAACCACUACCUCAUAAAAAAUAUCUGCACUCCCAUGUUCACUGCAGUGUUAUUCACCAUAGCCAAGAUAUUGAAACAACCCAUGUGCCCGCUGAGUGAUGAACAGAUAAAGAAGUUGUGACACGGACACUUACUGAAAUAUUACUCAGCCUUAAAAAGAUGAUUUUGCCAUUUGUAGCCUCAUGAAUGGACAUUAUGUACAAAGCUUUAUGGUUCUAGCAUAAAGAUAGUCAUAUAGGUCAAUCAAUAGAAUUGAGAUUCCAGAACGCAACCCUUGAAUUACAACAAAGAUGCUAAGGAAUGAACAAAAGUGGGAAAAUGGCACUGGGACAACUGGGUAGCCAUAUCCAAAAGAUUGAAGUUGGACCUUCUCUCACAUCAUGUAUAGAAAUUAACUCAAAGUGAAUCAUAGAUGCAAAUAAAACUAUUAGAAGACAUUACCAGAAUAAGUCUUCAUGGCCUUUAUUCAGACAAUGGUUUCUUUCUUUCUUUUUUUUUUGUACCAGGGAUCAAACUCCGGACCUUGCGCUUGUGAGGCAGGUGGUAGAAUCACUGAGCUAAAUCCCCAGCCCCAGACAAUGGUUUCUUAACAUGCCCAAAGCACAAGUCUGUCUUAGUCUAUUUGCUAUAACAAAAAGCCAGGGACUAGAUAAUUUACAUGGAAUAGAAAUUCAUUUAUUACAGUUCUGGAGUGAGGAAGUCCAAGAUUAGAGUCUGGUGAGUGCUACUUCAUGCUCAGAUAGUUGGCUCCUCGUUAAUGACUCCUCAUCUGAUGGAAGAUUUCCAGAAAGGCCAAAAAACAAACAAGAAAACAAGCUAGUUCACUCAUGCUUUUUAUAAUGUUACUGUUCCAUUUAUGAAGGUAGAACCUUCACAUCUGCAUCACUCCCAGAAGGCUCCACCUCUUAAUAUAGUUAAACUAUUCAAACCAUGCCUGGAACGAAGAAAAAUUAGAUUGUUUUUCAUCAAAAUUGAAAAUGCUUCAAAAGAUACCAUUAAGGAAGUGGAAAGACAACACACAGAAUAGAGAAAACAUUUUCAAGUCUUAUAUCAAAUAAAAGAUUCGUAUCCAAAGCAUAUUAAAGAACUCUUACACCUCAAGAGUAGAAAGACACACAACUUAAUUUUAAGAUGAGUGAUGGACCUGAAGGGUAUUUCUCCAAAGAAAACAUACAAAUGGCCUAUAAGCCUGUGGGAAGAUGCUCGACAGAAGUCAGCAGUAACAUGCAAUACGCCCACAUUUGUAGCACAGAGGCCAGGGCAGCUCUCCAGUCCUAAAUAUCCAUCUUCACCUUCCUGAGUGAUAUGUUAUUUGAUUGUGCUGUGGUUACCCUGCUUGAUUCCUAGAGGGUGCAUCUUUCUCCUAGUAUUUAAGCUCUUCUGACUAUAUCUGGGCUCACCAUUUUGAUUCUGUUACUGAUUCCACAGACCCAUGGUCUCAACUCUGGCUGUGCUAUAGGAUCACUCCUGAAAAAUUAAGUCCAGGUCUCUGGAAGUGGAACCAGUCGGGGGUGUUUUGACCUUCCGAAGAUGACUCCCAUGUGUGUACAAGGUUGAGAACCACUUUGUGUCCCCAUUUGUCCUUUACUGAUUGCGGAACUGUAGUAUUUUAAGUCUGGCUGGUCAUGGGAGCCUCCUCCUCACAGGAGAUCUCAUGUGUACUUCUUUUUCGCCUCUAGAACGACUUCCCCUAGCUCUGUCCUGCAGGAUGUGGUGGUCAUUACUGCACUGAGGCUCAAAUUGAGGACACAUCUUGGUUUUAAGGACAAUAGCAGCCUAAAAGAGCUGGAGUUAUGAAAAACUAAAGAAUGUAUUUCUUGGGUUGGGAGUGUAGCUGACUGGUAGAUCACUUGCCUAGCAUGUGUGAACCCCAGGGUUCCAGCCCCAGUGCAAAAUAAACAAACAAACAAAACCGAAUAAAGAGGCACACUCAGCCUCCGCCUUUCUCUUUGCAACAGCAGACAAAAAACGCUGCCUGGGGCCCAGGCUGCACUCAGGAAUGGGGCGUCACCGCUGCAGCCGCUGCCUCAGGAUCCUGAUUUAGUCCGGGGCUGCUUUGAACUCAAGGUAGUCUUCCUGCCUUAGCUUCCCAAGUGCUGGGAUUACAGGCAUGUGCCACAGGGCCUGGCUCUACUCACAGUGGCCCCUCGAGUUACGACCGGCCUUAUACACAAACAACUUGGGUUACCACCAGAAUUUAAUUGUAGCUUAAUGACCAACAUCGUGAGUUUCGACCUGAGUGCCAGCUGCUUGUCUAGUUGUAAACAAAGACUCGAUGCCAGAGCCAGUCUGAGUCAAGAUGUGGUGUUUGUGGGCAUGAUUUCAGUCAGUGCUUUAUAUAAUCGCUUUGAUUACUGCUAUCAGAAUGGCCCCCAAAAAGCUAGAAAGGAAGCUAAGGAAGGAAGGGAAGGUCAAGAAAGCAAUCACAAUUGAAAAGAAGAAAGAAAUUGUGGAGAAAUAUGAGAGUGGUGUGCGUGUUACCGAUCUGGCUAAUAUGUACAGCAUGUCGAAAUCCACCAUCUCGACAGUCUUACAGAGAAAAGAUCUGUAUAAGGAAGCUAGUGUGGCUAAAGGUGUUACUCAAAUUAGUAAGUCUCGAUCGACAGUACUAGAGCAGGUAGAAAGGCUGUUACUAGAGUGGAUAAAUGAAAGGCAGACGACAGGUUACAUCCUAUCUCAGUCUGUCAUCUGUGAAAAAGCUAGGGUGAUGAAUGCAGAUCUUGUAAAGGACAAUCCAUCAAUGCGUGAUAAUGGUGAAACAUUUUGUGCCAGUAGGGGCUGGUUUCACAAUUUUAAAGUGAGAACUGGGGUUCUUAGUGUGACUACGCAUGGCGAAGCAGCCAGUGCUGAUAAAAGGGCUGCUAUAGCAGAGUCUACAGGCUCACAGGUAGACAGUGGUGAUGUUAAGGAACUGGUGGAGGAACACUCAGAGGGAUUGUCUAUGGAGGAACUUCAGAAAAUUGCAGCUGAGGAGCUUUCUGAAGAGGAAGGAGAAUAUCAACAAUCAGUGCAGCAAGGUUCUUCCUCUGAAAUAAAGGAAAUCCUAAAAAAAUGGACAAAGCUACAAAUAUUUGUAGAGAAGACCCACUCAGACAGAGAAAAAGCCAAUCAUUGCAUUCACUUGCUUAAUGACAAUGGCAUGUCAUACUACAGAACAGUGUUAAAGAAAAGACAGAAACAGACAGCCUUAGACCAGCUUUUAGUCCCGAAAAGAUUGAGACCUAGUGAGCCUGAAGCAGGUCCUAGUGGGCUGCAGACUCUCCCAAGGAGAGAAAGGACACCAGAGAGCCAGAUUCCUCAUGUUCUUAUGGAAGGGGCCUCUCCUUCUAAACAAUAACCACCUUCCAUUUCAUCCUUCCUUCCUGCAAGCCAAAGAUGUCAACUUGAAUGGAUGCUGUUUUCCUCCCACCUCUCUGAACCAAGAUGAGGCUGGUUGGUCUGCAGAGAUUCCAUGACCAGGUUGAAGGUAUCAUGACAGGAAGGUCUGCGUGACAGUGCUGGACUGUUGGUGUUUUGAAAGCUGCAACUUUCUGCAAAGCUUCCAGUGUACUGGGAAAGUGAACAUGUACAACUGUAGAAGAAAGAUGAGUACUGGAAGCAUCACCACAGGCUUGUAAAGCUUUCUAGAAUCUCCAAGAAAUCGGAGCUCACUAAUGGCUGAGGAGAUGUGGUAACAAAGAGACUGAAGAGUGUGCCCUUCAGCCACCUGACCCAGACGGCAGCAGGACAAAGAUGUGGACUGGAGCUGAGGACCCACUUGAUGUCUGUGAAAUCAAUGUUAUUUCCCAGGGGUUCUUUUUCAGAAACUUUUUGGUUAAAUGAUCAAAGUUGAUUUAAGACCCUGUGGUUUUAGGGAGGGAUGACUAUGGGCUCAAGAAUAAAGGCUGUUAGUUGAAAGGUGAAAAAAAAACCCCAAAUAAAGAAAGAAUGUAUCUCUCAA